GGAGUGAGAGCCCCACAGGGGACAAAACCCAAUCAGAGCUGCCUCCAGGGACAUGGCUGUGGUCAUCUGCACCCCAUCCAUGCCUCUGAAAUGAGUUGCCCUCCCUCGUUUUUAUACUCCAACCCAAACCACGAAGGGGAGUGUGUCUUUCUUUCCAGCUGCAACAUCAUCCUCGCGCUCGGCGAGCGCUCUCUCCCCGCCCCUACUGCCCUCCCUCCCUACUCGGAGCCCUCGGCUUCUCAUCCCUGGAACGAUGUCCUACUUCGCUCGUCCUUGCUCUAGCCGCUGCCGCCGGGAACCGACGCAGAGAAGUCAGCGGGUCCCGUGACCCGCCCAAGCCCCCCGCGUUCCCGGCCCGGGGGCGGGGGCGGCCUGGGAGAAGAGUGGGGCGGAGGCGGGGGGAAGAAAGGGGGUUUUGUGCUGCGCCCGGCGGCCCGGCGCCCUCCUCCGAGCGUCCUGUGGGCCCGGCCUCUCCUUGCGCUCGCGCAGUUCCCGCCGCAGUCUCGGCUGCAGCUGCAGGACCAAGCCGUGGACCCGGAGGAGGCCCCCGGAGGAGGCGACAAACUUCGCGGCGCCGCACACCCACCCCGGCUCUUGGUAGCCUACCGGCAGGGCGGUGGCGGUCCGGGUCAGCCCCCCACUCCGUGCUCGUGCUCGCUGUGCUGGCAGCACCACGGGAGGAGCGGCGGCGAACAGCCCUCCUGGGGCACCUCUCUGCAGCCGGCAGGACAACCGAUAGGAGGCGCUGUGGCGGGUGUUCAGGGCUCCGACUGGAGCUGAAAUUCCAACUCUACGACUUUGCUGCUGUGUGAACCUGGGCAAUUCCCCCAUCAGCCUGUGGCAUGGCCCCACUGCUCCUGUCCCUGCUGGUAGCCCUGGCCCUGGACCAGGUCCCUGCAGCCUCAGCUGAUUCACUGGAAGGGGACAGCUCAGAGGACCGGGCCUUCCGCGUGCGCAUCGCGGGCGACGCGCCGCUGUACGGCGUGCUCGGCGGCGCCCUCACCAUCCCGUGCCACGUCCACUACCUGCGGCCGCCGCCGAGCCGUCGCGCCGCGCCAGGCUCUCCGCGGGUCAAGUGGACCUUUCUGUCUGGGGGCCGGGAGGCCGAGGUGCUGGUGGCGCGGGGCCUGCGCGUCAAGGUGAGCGAAGCCUACCGGUUCCGCGUGGCGCUGCCCGCCUACCCGGCAUCGCUCACCGACGUCUCCCUGGCGCUGAGCGAGCUGCGGCCCAACGACUCGGGCAUCUACCGCUGCGAGGUCCAGCAUGGCAUAGAUGACAGCAGCGACGCUGUGGAGGUCAAGGUCAAAGGGGUUGUCUUUCUCUACCGGGAGGGCUCUGCCCGAUAUGCCUUCUCCUUCAACGGUGCCCAGGAAGCCUGUGCCCGCAUUGGAGCCCGCAUCGCCACCCCUGAGCAGCUCUACGCUGCCUACCUCGGAGGCUAUGAACAGUGUGAUGCCGGCUGGCUGUCUGAUCAGACCGUGAGGUAUCCCAUCCAGACUCCACGAGAAGCCUGUUAUGGAGACAUGGAUGGCUACCCUGGGGUCCGGAACUAUGGGGUGGUGGACCCGGAUGACCUCUAUGAUGUCUAUUGUUAUGCUGAAGACCUAAAUGGAGAGUUGUUCCUGGGUGCUCCUCCAGAAAAGCUGACAUUGGAGGAGGCACAGGCAUACUGCCAGGAUCGGGGUGCAGAGAUUGCCACCACAGGCCAGCUGUAUGCAGCCUGGGAUGGUGGCCUGGACCGCUGCAGCCCAGGCUGGCUGGCAGAUGGCAGUGUGCGCUACCCCAUUGUCACACCCAGCCAGCGAUGUGGAGGGGGCCUGCCUGGCGUCAAGACCCUCUUCCUUUUCCCCAACCAGACUGGCUUCCCCAACAAGCACAGCCGCUUUAACGUCUAUUGCUUCCGAGACAAUGCCCAGCCCUCUGCCGUUCCUGAGGCCUCCAACUCAGCCUCUGACCCAGCCUCUGAUGGACUGGAGGCCAUCGUCACUGUGACGGAGACACUGAAAGAGCUGCAGCUGCCUCAGGAAGCUGUGGAGAGUGAGUCCCGUGGAGCCAUCUACUCCAUUCCCAUCAUGGAGGAUGGAGGAGGUGGCACCUCCACUCCAGAAGACCCUGCAGAGGCCCCUAGGAUCUUCCUAGAAUUAGAAACCCAAUCCACUGAACCACCCACCGGGUCCUCAGAAGAGGAAUAUUACAAGGUGCUGGAGGAAGAAGAAAAGAACAAGGAUGAAGAAGAGAAAGAGGAGGAGGAAGAAGAGGAGGAGGUGGAGGACGAGGCCCUGUGGACCUGGCCCAGCGAGCUCGGCAGCCCCGGCCCAGAGGCCUCUUUCCCCACGGAGCUGGUCCGGGAGGACUCACUGCCUCAGGCAUCCCCGACAGCAAGGGAAGUCCUGUGGCCUCAUGCCUCGGCAACUCCCAAAGGAGAGUCAGAGGCUCCCGGGCCUCCGAGGGUCCAUGGACCACCCACUGAGACCCUGCCCACUCCCAGGGAGGGGAACUUGGCAUCCCCACCACCUUCCACGCCAGUUGGGGUGAGAGAGGUGGGGGAGGAGUUGGGGAGUCCUGAGCUGUCUGGGGUCCCCAGAGGAGAGAGUGAGGAGACAGGGAGCUCCGAGGAGGUCCCUUCCCUGCUUCCAGCCACACGGACCCCUGAGAGCACCAGGGAGCUGGAGGCCCCCUCCGAAGAGAAUUCUGGAAGAACUGCCCCAGCAGGGACCUCGGUGCAUGCCCAGCCGGUGCUGCCCACUGACAGCGCCAGCAGUGGAGUGGCCGUGGCCCCCGCAUCAGGUGACUGUGUCCCCAGCCCCUGCCACAAUGGUGGGACAUGCAUGGAGGAGGAGGAGGGGGUCCGCUGCCUGUGCUUGCCUGGCUAUGGGGGGAACCUGUGCGAUGUUGGCCUGCGCUUCUGCAACCCCGGUUGGGACGCCUUCCAGGGCGCCUGCUACAAGCACUUUUCUACACGGAGGAGCUGGGAGGAGGCAGAGACCCAGUGCCGAUUGUACGGCGCACACCUAGCUAGCAUCAGCACGCCCGAGGAACAGGACUUCAUCAACAAUCGAUACAGGGAGUACCAGUGGAUUGGGCUCAACGACCGGACCAUUGAAGGCGAUUUCUUGUGGUCAGACGGCGUCCCCUUGCUCUAUGAGAACUGGAACCCUGGGCAGCCUGACAGCUACUUCCUGUCCGGAGAGAACUGCGUGGUCAUGGUGUGGCAUGAUCAGGGACAAUGGAGUGAUGUGCCCUGCAACUACCACCUGUCCUACACCUGCAAGAUGGGGCUGGUGUCCUGUGGGCCCCCGCCAGAGCUGCCCUUGGCUCAAGUGUUUGGCCGUCCACGGCUGCGCUAUGAGGUGGAUACCGUACUUCGAUACCAGUGCCGGGAAGGGCUGGCUCAGCGCAACCUGCCACUAAUCCGCUGCCAGGAGAAUGGUCACUGGGAGCCCCUCCAGAUCUCUUGUGUACCCCGUAGGCCUGCCCGAGCUCUGCAUCCAAUGAAGGCCACAGAAAGACAUCAGGCGAGGCUACUGGGGCACUGGAAGGCGCGAUUGACCACUCCUUCCAGCCCCACUCCAGGUCCUUAGGGGGCAAGGUCUUGAACACUGCUGCCCCCAGCAUCCCAACCCUCCCUUGCACCCUGUGCUCUUCCCACUACAGGAAAUGACAUGAGAGGGGUGGAGCUGGAGUCCAGGUGGCAGUGCCUGAAGGGGCUUCUCGGAAACACCUGGGAUGCUCCAGCCCAGCCCAGGCCCACUCUUUCCCCACCCUGUGUAUCAGGGUUUUCCCUCAGGGCAACGGGUAAAUCCCCAAGUGCCUCAGCUGCCGUCUCCCUGCCAGUCAGCCUGUCCCCUCCGCUUCCUUUGGACACUGUGUCCACUCAUUGUUUGUUCUCCAAGGGAAUGGGUUUGCAGGAUGGAAUACCUAUAAAACCAGCAGGAAGUAAAACUGCAUUUGAACCCAA